UGUCUGAGUCAGACUGGAAGUGGAAGAUCGCAGGUUUGAAAGUAGUUUCGUUUUCUCUGUGUAGCACUUACUACGUUUAUUUGGAAAAGCAGUAUACAAGACUGAGGCUGAUCCGUCAGAAAUAAUGAAUAAAGAAGCUCUUGCUUCCGAGAAUGAGGUGUUGGGGGAGGACCAAGAGAAUUACGGAAAAGGAGACGUGACAGAUGCAAAACCUGACCCAAAAUCAAUGUACAGAAUGGAUCAAGAAGCUCUUGCUUGUGAGAAUGAGGUGUUGGAGGAGGACCAAGAGAAUUACGGAGAAGGAGACAUGACUGAUGCAAAACCUGACCGCAAAGGGAGAUUUAAGCUUUUUGGCAAAUUUAAGAAGAAUGAUGGCAAGUUGCAGGAAAAAGGGGAAUCUGAAAGCCAUUACAGGAUUGUUUCACCAACAUUCCAGUAUAAGAUGAGCCACCAGCGUGUCGGCAAGUGCAUCAUCAUCAAUAACAAGAACUUUGAUGAAAAGACAGGGAUGAAUGUACGUAAUGGCACAGAUCGAGAUGCUGGAGAGCUUUUCAAGUGCUUUAAAAGCUUGGGUUUUGAUGUUGCAAUCUACAACGAUCAGACCUGUAGGAAUAUGGAGCGGCUACUUAAAGCAGUGUCAGAAGAGGACCACAGCGACAGCUCCUGCUUCGCCUGCAUCUUGCUGAGCCACGGCGAGGAGGGCAUGAUUUACGGAACAGAUGGAGCAAUGCCCAUCAAGACCAUGACCUCGCUCUUCAAAGGAGACGUGUGCAAGAGCCUCGUGGGCAAGCCCAAGCUCUUUUUCAUCCAGGCCUGUCGGGGUUCGGAGUUUGACGAUGGAGUACAGACUGACUCGGGACCGCCCAAUGACACAAUAGAGACAGAUGCCAAUCCAAGACACAAGAUUCCAGUGGAAGCAGACUUCUUGUUUGCGUACUCAACUGUGCCAGGUUACUACUCGUGGAGGAAUCCGGGCCGAGGCUCCUGGUUCGUCCAGGCCCUUUGCAAUGUUCUCAGUGAGUUCGGCAAGCAACUAGAGAUCAUGCAGAUCCUCACGCGGGUCAACUACAUGGUGGCCACCAGUUUCGAGUCCUGGUCGGAGGACCCUCGUUUCAGCGAGAAGAAACAGAUACCCUGCGUGGUGUCCAUGUUGACUAAAGAGCUCUACUUCAACUGAACCAAGUUGACCACAUUCGCACGCAGAGCCCUGUCUGCUUUUUCUCACUACACAGCAGAACUUUACAGUAGCACACUUUUCAUUUGUUUUGUUUUAACAGUAAAUAUUAACCCAACCGUUAUCCUUUUUUGUCACUGAUCCGCCAUAAGGAGGGAAUCCUCAGUCGAAUAUACUUGAGCUAAAUCUUUUUACAUAAAUGUAAGCAGUGUUUUGAAGCGGUGCGCAUCACAGGAUGGCAGGCAAGAAGAAACUCAUCAAGUGCAUAACGACUGACUGCUGACUGACCGAACGACUCGACAUUCAACAUUCAGGGAAUGAUCCCCAGCUGGAAGUUUGUGUGUGUGUGUUUGAAAGCAGUUUUUUGUUGUUAUGCUGGGCAUACAGGCACCGAAAAGGUAUUUCUCUGUGCUACGCACUGUUCAAGUUCACUGCCUUCUCAGUACAUGUUCAUAGUAUUUCAGAAAACACAGAUGUGGCAUUUCAUUUGCUCUUUGUCAGCUGGCGGUGUCAAAUAUCAAUGUUGCCUUGCCAAAUUUGAAAGUUUGCUGCCACUUUUACCUUACAUAAAUAAAUAAAGCCCUCAUGGACCUCAAUAAAAUAUAUAUAUAUAUAUAUAUAUAUACUGUAAGAGUUUUUAACAAAGAUAUAGCACACAAAUCCUUUGCUGUUGUUCUUUUUAUUAUAAUAUCUAUAAAAGGAAAAACACCUCAAGCAUAAACGGCCAUUUUAGUUUGGUUUUGUUUGGUUCUUCCAGAACGCCCUUCAAAGGGGGUCAAAGAAAGGACAUGAAUGGAAAUGGAGUGGCAAAUAGUGAAGUAAUGCUGACACCUGCCUGUUUUAAAAGCUAUUCUGUCUGAGUAAAAAAAAAAAACGAAUUUACAUCUGCAUGCAUGUAGCCUGUUCAUGCGGUGUUUAAUUAUGUUUAGUGCUGAAUCCGUCUAUGAUCUACAAAGGCAGCUAUUAUAUUACCGGUGAGCAUUUUUACCAUAUUUCAUCCAUCUGACCUACAGUAAUGUGCGGUUUUAACCUUAACGGUAGGAUUUGAUUUUUUCAGAGCUCGUUGUCUAAUGGGUUUUCCUUUUCUUUCGGUUCUUUCUGUAUUUUUCAUUCUCACUUAUUGAUUGUUCAUUCAGAUCACACACUGAAUCUGCCAGCCUGUGCACCAGAUGACUGCCACUAGACUUGUUUUAUGCAUGAUGUGCUCCAACUAUAUCUAACGAUGUAGAUCCACUUGCUUUGAAAGACUUUACUUUUCAUUUGAUGAAAUACUGUUUUAAAACUGAUCUGCUUUACAGUGAUGAUAGUAAUGUUUAUAGAAAAGCAAAAAUAUUGAAUAUUUUUGGAACAAGUGCCUUGACAUUUUUUGUUUACAAUGUGUCACUAUUACAUUGUAUAAAGUGGGGCUUUUUGUUUAAAUGACUUCAAAUGAAUGCUUUUGUAAGACCAAUUUUAUUGUAUUAAAAGAUUUUAUUGA